AUGACCGACCGCAAAACAACUCCCACACCCGCCGUCACCGGCACGCAUGCCCUGUUCACCCUCUGGGCCCGCAAACACGGUAUUGAAUUCCCAAAACUAAUCCCCGCAUACCUACCCCCCGCCGGUCUUGGUAUCAUCUCGACCGACGAAAUCGCGGGCCCCGAUCCAAUCCGCCAUGGAAGGACCAACGACACGAGUCUCGGGGAAGUAAUCGCUUUCACCCCGAACGCUCUCCUCCUCACCAGGGAGAACAUUGAGCGGUUCAGUCCCGGCUGUGGGCUCAGGUCUUUUUUGAGGCAGAAGGUUGAUGAUGGCGGUUUGAGCUCGCAUGCUGUGUUCGCCACUGCGAUUGCGCGGGAGAUCCGUAGGAUUGCCGAGGGUCAUGAGAACAUGUGGAGGGAGUGGAUCGAUGUAUGGCCGAAGGCGAAGGAGUUUAGAGGGAGUAUGCCGUUGAUGUGGUCGGCGGAAGAGGGCGAUUUGUUGCCACCGAGCACUAAACGAUUGCUGGACGAGCAGCGAGGAAAGUUCAAGAGAGACUUCAAAGCGGUAGUGCAGAAGGGAUUCGAAUUUACCAAGCAGGAGUUUAUGUGGGCUUGGAUUAUCGUCAAUACUCGUACACUGUUUUACAAACCGGCCCACUCCGCUUACAACGACCUCCCCCGGGAGCAUUGUAUGGCAUUGUGUCCUUUUAUUGACUACUUCAAUCACUCAGACGAUGGCUGCAAGGUCCAACUAACACCAACCGGCUUCACCGUGACCCCUACCAAACCCAGCCACCCAGCGAAUACCCAGCUCUUCGUAACCUACGGUUCUCACAGCAACGACUUCCUCCUCGUGGAAUACGGCUUCAACCUGCCCCUAGAGAAAAAUAAAUGGGACGAGGUCUCCAUUACACCCACCCUCCUCCCCCUCCUAUCGGAAGAACACAAGCGUGUGCUAUCACGGGAAGGCUUCUUGGGAAACUAUGCCUUCGACAAGGAGGCCUUCUGUUUCAGAACCCAGGCCGCGGUGAGGCUGAUGCUCAUAGAGCACCCGGAAAUGGACUCGAAUUGGCGGAAAGUGGAGGUGUGGAAGAAUUUUCUUGCGGGGAAUGACGACGGCGAGAGGGAGAGGUAUGCGGUUGAGGAGAAGCUACUGGGCUUGCUGGACUCUUUGGAAGCGGAUGGGGAGCGUGCCCUGCUGGAGGCUGAUAAACUGCAAAGGCAGAGUAUAAGGGAUGUGAUUAAGAUGCGCUGGGAGCAAAUACUCGGGAUGACCAAUGACGUUAGGGCGAACAUGGUGGGCGAGACCGGGAAGUGGAGAGGGAGGAGUCAUGUUAUGUGAGGGACGAGUGAGGGGUUUGGAUAACGUGUGAUGUCCUUGUUAGGGGAGGACAUUGGGUUGGGAGAUUCUAUAUCCAGUGCCAUUAUUGUUACAUUCUGCUUUAUUAUCGGGUUGCGAUAAUAUCCAUAAAACAAAUAAAACAAGUAAAUAGAUAAAUAAAUAAAUACUAUAA